CUCAGUUACCUCACGGCGUACAAACGGUGAGAACGUGUAUUCGGGCGUUCUCUUGGCCUUCCUCUUCUCAACUCGCCCUCGACAGGCUGUUGCUGUUGCUGCUGUUGCUGCUGCUGCUGUUGCUGUUGCUGUUGCUGCUACUUAAAACUCCAUCUCCUCUCCCACUCCUCUUAAAAACGCACCUAAUACCUACCCCCAUCCACUGACCAAAGUUAAUCAACCUCCUUUUCUUCCAUCUAUUUCUCCCUGUCCUCAUCCCGUUCCCUGUCCAUCGCUAACAGUAGUGUUACAGAACUCGCCGCUGCUGCUACACCUUCCUUGUUCCUCCACCAGUUGGAGGAGCACCGCCUGUAUCUCUCACUCCAGCGUCCUCGUACACUCGAGGAGAAAGAGAAAGAGAGAGAGAGAGAGAGAGAGAUUGAGAGAGAGAGAGAGAGAGAGAGAAAGAGAAAGAGGAAGGUGGAGGAGUAAGUGGAAGCAAAUGCUACGGCCUGAGUUGCUCCACCAGCCACGUCUGCUAUGACGAUGAUGUUUCUGCUAUGAUAACCAAAGACUCUGAAACAGAAAGAGGUUGCCAAAAUCCCUUAGUCCCUAGGCUACUACUGCUGCUACUACCACAUGCUCAGCGAAUGCCAAUGUUAUCGUCGACGAUUUUGUCGUAGCUCGAGGUUCCGUCGCUCGCUUAUGAUGACAACUAGAAAAGUGCUGUUGACGAUUCCCUAAUAGAAACGAAGUUUAUGAAAUAAUCAGUUAUUAAAAAAAGUGAUAACAGUAUUAAGGUUCUUUCUUGUUUUUUAAUAUUAUUUUUACUCGCUUCAUUCAUUCAUUCUGCUUUGCUGGUCCCAUUAUUCAACCUUGUUAUUAUUAUUAUUCGUUACUUCGUGCAUUAUUCACGUAAAGGAAUUCCCUCAAAAGAGGAAAGAUUAAAACCCUAAGGAUCAACUUCCUUGCCGCUUCUGCUGCCACUACCACUAACUAACCCCCAGCUACACCGCCAAAAAGGUGAGGUAUACUGGACGUCUUCUGUUUCUGUUCAAGUCUGGAAAAAGCAGGAAGAGAAAGAAGAAGACGUGUUGUAGCCAUGUAAAGGAAGAGGCCGCCCUCCUUCCUUCCUUUUUUCUCCCCCAAUAUGGCGACGGCUCUGUUUCCCCUACCUUCCCUCCCCAACCACCACCCACACACGGUGCCCACCGAACACCCACACGUAUCCCAGCCACCCACGGAGGAACAUCAUGACACCCGCACGAACGAGCACAGCGCCCACAAUGCCCCCGUUGCCCGCGACGACGACUCGGACUCGAAUCUGGGCACGGGCGUGGAUUUGGGCACCCUCACCGGAAGGCGGAUUACUCUCAAGCCCCGGCGGACUCUGUCGCUCUCGCCUACACCAGGUAAUUCACGUGAUACACACUCUAACACUCUCUCUCUCUCGAACGACCGAGUCACCUGUUGGUACGUUUCGGUCACGAGUGUUUCCAGUACGUUUCCACCCAUAUGGAAGAGAUCUCGCACGGGUGAUAUGUCCAUGGGCCGCAACCUAAGGGCGGCCCGAUGUUUGGACUUCACAGAUAAAGACGACGACGACGGGCUAUACCAGCCCUCGGACUCUGAGUCUGAGGGUGCCAAGAAGAAAGGGGACGCCGUCGAGACCAACCCGGCCAACGGCCUGAGCCUGAAGGAGCGCUUCCUGAAGAGUCGAGGGCCGUUAGGGGCCAGCCUCUCGUCGAAGGGAAUCCACCACAGGCAGUCGGUCUCCGUCAAGAGACCCCUGGACGUCGUCCUCCCCUGCCAGGAGAUCCAGUAUCUGGACAUCUGCUACCAGAAGGUUGGCAAUCUGAAGGUGCAGUUUAGUCCCAUCCCCCGCAAGAAGAUCUCCUACCACCCCGUUCUCCACAACUCUAUCCACUACUGCGACGUCCCCUACUGCGGCUCCGACGAGCGGCCGAUCAAGAGGAAGCCCCUCCAGAGGUCCCACUCCAUCGCCGUCGCCGGAGAAAAGGUCGGCUACGAUUGGACGUCGUCCUAUAAGUUAAGGUGAAUGCAUAAGUGUUGAAGAGGAAAAAAGAUGCUUUUUUUCUGUCGGAGAACGGAAUGAAAAAUUUGCAAGCAGAGUAAUUGAUAGUCGAUUUUUUUUUCCAAUUUUAUAUUUGUGCACGGCUUGCUUGAAACAAUGCAGAAAUCGUAGAAAAUAGAUUCUCACUCGGUGCUCUCGUUUGGAACAAUCAGUCGGACGUAUUUGGCAUAGGAAUGAUUUUCGAAGAAAGGACUGGGAAUUAAAAAAUUAUUAUUAUUAUUAUUAUUAUUAUUAUUAUUAUUAUUAUUAUUAUUAUUAACAACAACAACAACAAACUCAGUUGGUGCUUAGAGAAAGUUAACUCGAAAGAAGCUGUGGAAGGGAGAGGUCGUGGUGUAGAAUUCCUGUAGUACAGCAGUAUGAUCGUUUCAACAGCCUUUCUUUUUCCUACAAAAUAAAGAUGUUGAAACGGGGACGUGGCGUAGGAAAAGGCAGAGAACCCUGCUCUCGCAGAGAUGGAAGUCCUUCGCCUUCCACCAGGAGGACAGGACACAAGAACCAAGAGUCAACACUGAGGAAAGAAGGACCCACAACGAUGUUCACCUCCCGGUCUCAAAUUAACGUUUCCAGGGAGCUCUGGAAGACCAACCUUGUAGCUUUCCAGAGCAUCGCCCGCGAGGAGCAGGAAGAGAUGACGAGACCCAGUGGUGCGUUCCAGUCCAGCUUCUGUUCCUGGAAUGGUGGAGGAGGCUGCAAGACCUGGAACUGGCAAAGGAAGUACAGAAGGAAAGGGAAGAGAAGAGAAGAGAGAGUUAACCAUUUCAGAGAAAAUUAUUACUUGGUGAUUUGGUUUGAAGUUGCAAAGGGAGAGGUACUUUAUCCAAAAAAUUGUCUUCGAGAUUCCGUGGCCAAGGAAAGUGAGUUAUUGCUUAAUAUUGCUGAUGAAAGUCUCGAUAAUGUAUCGUAAAGAAAUUAUUACCGAGUCGUUGGACUGCCAAAAGCAAAAUCCGCUUAGACAAAUGAAUAAGAGAUAGAGAUAGAGAGAGCGACGGAGUGAGUUUGGUGCUUAAAAUAUUAGUGAGAAAAAUAAACAGUUUAAAGUAAUAACGUGACAGUGUGAUUAUUAUUAUUAAUUGAAUAUCAUUAUCAUUAUCAUAGCUAUUUUCUGUCUGUAUCACUAGGACACCAUUUCUCUAAAACAAACAAGAAAUAAAUGUGACCGAGUGAUUCCUUAUCUUCAGUAGUAUAAAGACACCGGUUUAUUCCCCUUUAUUAUUAUAUCCGCAUUAGCUGUGUGAGGCCAUUUUUAUAGGCGAUUUUUUUAAUAUAGACAUUUUUUUCAGCACGCUUACUGCCUGUUGUGCAUCGUGGGACCAUUUUUGAUAUAUUUUUUCGGGGGUAACUGAUUAGUUAUCUUUUCUUAAUAUGCAUAACUAAACGAGUGAUUUUACAGUGCUAUAUGUAGGAUUUAUAUUAUGCGCGAAUGGUAUAUUGUGUUUAUACGGAAUGUUUCAUAUAGAUUUUUUUUUUGUGUAUGUGCGUUGUAAAGUAUUAUUAUAAUUAUUUUCACAAGAAUAUUUUUUUUAUUCUUCUCAUGUUUGAUGUCCUAACCAUUUCAUUUUGUUUCCUCUUUAUUCACAAUGCUUUUCAUUCACUAUUUUAUAUUGCUGCCUAUGUAUCUUUUUAUAUAUAUAUUUUCCUUCAUUUGCUGUGACCUGCAUGAGGGCAACGUACCCAUUGUAGAGUAUUGUUGGUUGUUGAUACCCAUCUUCAGCGCGUGUAGGAGUUGGUGGAAAGAAAUUUUUAGCAAAAAUUGAAUCAUGUGGUUUUGUUUUUGUUUUUUUUCGAAUUUCCCGGAAGAGGCGGACUCCAGAACAUUAUUGAUCUUUCAGUGUUGAGGGACUUAAAUGACCUGUUUACAUGACCUGAUAUCAAUGUUUUCUUUUGUCGAUCUCUUAUUUUUAUAUUUGCCAAAGCCAGGAAUCUCCACCUGUAAUGUUAUAAAAGAAUGACUUACGUUUGAUGUGUAGUUUGUCUUUGUUUAUACCUUUUUAGAAGGUAAACGCUAUCAGGUCGUUGAUUUGAGGCAGAGUCGUGUUGCCAUGUUGUCUCUUCAUAAGAAAGUUUAACUCCCUCACCAUUUUGAUCCAUGAUUUUGUGCCUAAAGUUCUGGAAUCCUAAUCUCUGGAUCGUAUUUCCCCUCCCCAUCUUCUUUUUUUAUCCUUCUUAAGGAUUAUAGAUGCUAUUUAUAUUUUUCCUUUUAUAUAUAUGUUAUAGUAAUGGUGAAACUUGUAGUCUUGACUAUGAAGAGUACUAUAAUGUUAUUGAGGGACUUCCAGUGUGCGAGGUUUCUUCCUUCGGUUUGUCAGAUAUUGUGUAAAUUAUUUUUCUGAAUUUUUUAUUAUUUGUUUUUUGUUUUAUUUGCUUCACUAUAUUUCUGUGGUCAUGAAGUAGGAAAAAACUAUGUUGAUCAACUAAAGUGGCACUGUAUUGGACUCUGAAUUGAUAACAAAAGAACUUUUUAAGUUUUUUUAUCUCUAUCUGGAGGUCAUUGACAGAAUUAAAAAAAAAAAAAAAAAAACCUGCGGUGUAGACGAAGGACAAAACAAACAAAAAAGUUAGAAUUUGGUUUUGGGUUUUCAAGUGAAGUGAUUGUGAUAAAAGACCAUUGCGAAUAAGAAAGGUAUUUGAAUAUAUGUAUAUAAAUAUGUAUAUUGCAUAUAUAUGUGCAUAUGUAUAUAUUUAUAUACGGAUUGGUGUAUAAUGCGGGGUAUAAACAGUUGUGCAAACAGUCAGUGAACAGUUGUACGUUAAUAACUUGUAUGGCGAGUGUUACCAUAGAUUUAAUGUUUAUCGAUAUUGCCCCCCUUUUUUUACGCGGACUCGUAACAGACUUACAAAACCAGUGAAGAAAUCUGAAGAAUAUCACUUGGCAAGUAAAUGAAUUGGAUGGAGCUCCCUGACCAUGAAAAUGGCAGAUAAUUGCGUAUUUAUUCUAUUCUUUCAGAUGAUUCAACCUAGAGGGUGCUGUAAAAAAAAAAAAAACGUAAACUUACCAGUGAAUAACAUUCAUCUAUUAUUUUUAAGCAAGUUGUUAACAUACAAAUGAAAAAAAGGAAUAUUAUUUUUGUGCGUGUAACCUGCGUCGUUCUAUGUAGUCCAUUGAGUUUAAUGAACCACACCAAAGUCCACACAUUUGUAAUGUAUAGGUAUUGUAUAAUGUAUAUCCAUAAUGUACCAGUGAUUUUUUCCUUCCUCUCCAACUGUAUUGUUUAUAUAGACAUGUACACCUCAGGAAUCUUAUAUAAAUAAGUAACAGCAUUGUUCUUCAUAAGUGUACCAUUUUUAUUAUAUUUUUCAACCCUGCAUCAUUUUAAGUAAUAUUAAUGAACAGAAUAAUUUUGGUCAUUUGUCACCAAAGUAUGGUGAUAGAGGCAUGGCGGGGACAUGGUGCCCUCUGCCAAACAACAAGUCAUUUGAUCUAGUUUUAUAAUUAAAUGUUGUAUAUGAAA